AGACUACUGCUCACGUCUAAGGAACUUACUGGUGGAGCACGCUGGAGUCUGGCACAUCCUGAAGAAGCUGUAUACUGGUCUCCUCUUCUGCACCUGUUGAUUGCCUUGGAUUUGGGAGGCACACUUCUGCAAAGCGUGGGAAGUCACAGAGCAAGAGCAAAAUGUCCAACAACAUGGCCAAGAUCGCAGAUGCUCGAAAAACCGUCGAACAGCUAAAGUUGGAGGUUAAUAUUGAGAGAAUGAUGGUGUCCAAAGCCGCAGCAGAGUUGAUGGCUUACUGUGAGGCCCAUGCCAAAGAGGACUCACUGGUGGCCCCUGUCCCCUCCUCAGAAAACCCCUUCAGAGAGAAGAAGAUAUUCUGUGCCAUCAUCUGAGCCCCACUGCCCUGACCCCCCACAAGAGGCCCAGAGGGACUGUCCAGGGAGGGAGAUGCCAUGGCCAGUGAGACCAAACACCUGUGGCCGUGGCAGCUGUCAUGUUGUUUUCAUGGAGAACUGUCCCGUUCACUCCUGUAUGGACUUUUUGCUACAGUUUAACUGAAAAACUCUUUCUUCUUUGUUGUAGCCUACUAGGCUAGGACUACAUUUGAAGGUGAUGAAUUCACAUAUUAACAACAGUUUAGGACAAUCUUGACACGGAGUCACCUGGAGAGGGAGUGUGUGACCUUAGAAAUCCAUUAAAGUGACUGAAUCAAAUGUA